CCGUCAACUGCCGCAGGGAAAGUGGUGCCGUGUGCAACGCGCGUUGCUUCGCCAAACCAUCGUUGGUGCUGGAACUUAUCUUCGAAAAGAAACUGACAUGGAUUUGCUGAGGUACACUCUACAAAACACUUCUUCUGUUGGUGGAGAAGCCGAGACUGCACGAGGAAUUGCAGACAGCAUUAGCAACAUGUCAUGCAGAUACUCAUUGUCUGUAAUGGACUUCCUACCUCAGGAAACCCUUAAUGACACGCAUGUGGAAAUGGAAUGGCCAUGUGAAGUAAGAGAAUACUGGGUGGACAUAAGCGGACUCGUCAUUUUCGUUCGUUUCCUAUUCGAUUACGUUUCAGUCUUCAUAGUUGCUUUGGGAUUGGUGCUGAAUACAAUUGCUUUCCUAACAUUGCGGUCACCCAGUCUGGUUACAAACAGUAUGUCCAUUUACCUGCAGGCACUUGCUCUGUCUGACAAUGGUGUACUGGUGUUUAGCACUGCGGUGAAUGUGCUCCGUAAGCACUGUGAACCAUUUAACAUGCUAAUUGUGGAACACAGAUGGCUUUGUAUAUGCCACAGAAUAACAUCAGGUCUUUUCUUUCAUUAUUCAGCAUGGCUUGUUGUUGCACUUACCUUUGAAAGGCUGUUAAUGAUCCGAUGGCCUAUGCAUUCAUAUUCUAUCUGCAGAAUUCGACCUGCAAUUUUUGUUACCACUCUUGUUGGACUUGUGGUAUUUUUGCUGAAUCUUGCCAGGUUAAAGACCCAAGGCUUUGAACAAGAUGCUGUGUAUGAGUAUGCAUCAUGUAGCAAAGUUGGGAGGUCAGAAAACUGGAGUAAUUCCACGUACUUGUUUAUCUCCAUUUCGACUUGGAUUCCAACAUUUCUGAUUGUUGUCGGCAAUGCAUGCAUUGUUUAUCACCUACAUCAGUCAGCUAAUCAACGAUCAAAACUGAGUGAAACAAAUUACAGUCCAGGUCCAGAUACAUGUAAACUUACAAAGCUGCUGAUAAUGGUUUCUACAGUUUAUGUUGUACUUCUGUUGCCAAUUGGAAUAGUUGGCAGUAUUGAUCUCUACUGGAGAGUGCACAGACCAUCACAAAGCUACACUGUGGAAUACAUAAAAUGGAAGAAGCAGUCCCUGCUGCUCAAAUGGCUACGUGGUCUUUUCUUUUUUAUAUAUUCAUGUAAUUUUGCAAUAAACUUUUUUGUUUACUGCAUGUCUGGAAAUAAUUUUAGACAUGCAGUGAAGGCAGUUACUGAAAAAUGGUUGUCAUCUUUUUGUUAUAAAUACAUUUGUGAUGUUAAGAAAAGUAUUCAUGCAGAAGCACCUCAAAAAAAUACUAUAUCUCAUGAUGUGGAAAUUAACAGAAGACAAAAAGUUUCAUCUACUGCAAGCACUGUAACAUUAAUAGCACAUGAUGUUGAAUCAUAGACUAUUAAAAGAUUAACACCAGUUCAAUAUUUAUACAGAUUUGACAUUAUAUUAAGACAAACAACAAGGAAUAAUCAUUUAAUAAAACCAUUUUAUAAAAUCUCC